AGAAUGGUGGUGAAAGGAUGGCGACUUGGACAGCGAUGACUGGUGGAUGUCUUGGACAUCUGUAAAACAUUCAGUUCUAAUAUGAUUUAUAGAAGCACCACUGAAUUUUGAAUGGACUGUAGACAUCCUGCUUUAAGCAUUCACAGUGAAGAUUAAGGAUCAAAGGCAACUGCCAUUUUUUGAAAAGUAGUGACUGCAAAAAUGUGGCGUUCAAUUACAAAAUAUUUGCUCAACAGCAUAAUAUUUGGAAACAGAAUGCAAAGCCUACCAGCUGGACAGAAUGCUCUGUAUCGUCUCAAACAAGAAGUUUCUCUUCAAGGUUACAGACACCACACACCCACAGCUUUUAAAAUAAGUAUUCCAAUUUCAACUAUCAAAAAAGUAGAGGCCGUUGAUAAACAGCGAUGCAUCACUGUUCACUGGGAUGAUGGAAACCACAGCCAGUAUCCUUAUGUGUGGUUAAGGGAUAACUGCCAAUGUCCCCAGUGCUUCCUGCCUUCAGCUAAAGCAAGAAAGCUUCCCAUAGAAGAUUUGGAUAUGAACAUUUCUGCAGAUAAAGUCAUUUCGACUGAUGCAAAGAUUUCAGUUGUAUGGCCUGACCAGCAUGUCAGUGAAUUUGAUUCCAAUUGGUUGAAAGCAAGAAGUUUUGCUCAAAUAACAAGAAAAGAGAAACAAGAAGAGCUUUUCUUAACAGAAAAUUGAAGGCAUACUUUAAUC